UUCACAGUUCGGACCAGAGGAAGUGCGUUGUGCUGAGCGCUGUUGUGGGAUCUUUUCUAAAAAGUUGCCCUAACCAAUUUGAAUAGCGCUUAUGGAAAGAAGAAACUUACAUUGGUUAAGGGGAGUUCAAAUACACUGAUUUACCCACGAAAAGGAGAGAAAUGGAGACCAGUGUGAACGAGAAACAACCAGGUUUGGAGGGAGAUCCAGAACUUCAGUUUCUCCUUCAGGGUGGAGACCUUCUCAAAGUUCGCUCCCAGUCCUGGAAGAAGACUCGAUAUUUCAGGCUCCAGGAGGACUGCAAAACCAUGUGGCGCGAGUCCAAAAAACCCUUCAGGAAAAACCCCACCUUUUCCUUGGAUGAUGUCUCUGCCUUACGAUUGGGCCGUCAGUCAGAGGGUUUGAAGAAGUACACAGAAGAACAGGUGGAUGGGCGCUGCUUCUCCAUCAUGUUCAAAGGUCACCGCAAAAACUUGGACUUGAUGGCCAGCUCUGAGGAGGAGGCCAAACAGUGGGUAAACAGCAUGGAGAAAGUGAUCUCCAUCUUAAACAACUUGAACCACGAGGAGAAGACCGAACAUUGGAUUUUAACAUGUCUGAGAAAAGCAGACAAAAACAAAGAUGACCAACUGAGUGAAUCUGAGGUCAAAAACUUCAUGCGUUUAAUCAAUGUUGACUUGGAUGACGAAUACACAGAAAUGCUCUUUAAGAAAUGUGACACAUCAAAAAGCGGAUAUCUGUCUGGAGAGGAGAUCAAGCAUUUAUAUGACUUGUUAACUGAUCGAGAGGAAAUUGAUGUAAUUUAUGGAGAAUAUGCCAAAAGCACAGGGUACAUGAAUCCUGACAAUCUGGUGGAGUUUCUAAUGAAGGAGCAGCGAGAGAAGGCUUCACUGAUAGACGCCCACAGGAUUAUUGACCAGUGUGAGCCAGAUGAAGCAGCCAAAGCCAAGAAGCUGCUGUCUAAAGAUGGGUUCCUCGUGUACCUGCACAGACCUGAGACCUUCCUCCUGAAUCCAGACCAUAAAGGCGUUUACCAAGACAUGAGCCAGCCCCUGAACCACUACUUCAUCUCCUCCUCCCACAACACUUACCUGGAGGAGGACCAGCUCAAGGGGCCCAGCAGCACCGAGGCCUAUGUCAGGGCUCUUCUUAAGGGCUGCCGCUGUGUGGAGCUGGACUGCUGGGACGGCUCAGAUGACGAGCCGGUGAUCUACCAUGGCUACACUCUCACCUCUAAGAUCCUCUUUAAAGAUGUCAUCAAAGCCAUCAAGCAGUAUGCUUUUAAGACCUCUGAAUACCCAGUGAUACUCUCUCUGGAAAACCACUGCAGCGUAGAGCAGCAACAAGUCAUGGCCCAUCACAUGAGCUCAAUCCUGGGCAGUGCGCUUGUUACCAAACCCUUGGGAGAAGGCAUGCCCAUAACCUUCCCAUCUCCAGAGGAGCUAAAAGGGAAGUUCUUGAUCAAAGGAAAGAGGUUAAACAAACUUGAGUCCCUUUUCAUUCAAGAAGCAGAUGCUGAAGAUACAGAUGUUACAGAAGAGGAGGAGUCAGGCUGUGAAGAGGUGACUGAGGAGAAACAAAAGGCCAAAAAGAAGUUGAAACUUGCCAGAGAGUUGUCUGACAUGGUGAUCUACUUGAAGAGUGUGCAUUUCCAUAGUUUUGAAGAUGCAAGAAACAACUUGAGCUUUUAUGAGAUGUCGUCUUUCAAGGAGGGAAAGGCAAAGAAGCUAGCAACAGAGUCUGCUAAUGGUUACAUUCGUCAUAAUGUGGACAAACUGAGCCGUAUUUAUCCUGCUGGCUCUAGAACUGACUCCUCCAACUACAAUCCAGUGUCGCUUUGGAACGCCGGCUGUCAAAUAGUUGCCUUAAACUUUCAGACAACUUGUGAAGACAUGGAUGUGUACCAGGGCAAAUUUAUGGUUAAUGGAAAGAGUGGGUACAUCCUGAAACCGGCCUAUAUGAGAAACAAGGCCACAGACUUUGACCCCAUCACUCUGACCAGAGGAGAAUGGCUCCGACACAAGAUAUUUCAUGUUAUGAUUAUAUCAGGUCAGCAGCUUCCAAAAGUCAACAAAAAGAAAUCCUCAGUUGUAGAUCCAAUAGUUAAAGUGGAGAUCCAUGGCGUCCCAGCAGAUGUGGCCACAAAAGAGACCCACGUAAUUAACAACAAUGGUUUUAACCCAUCUUGGAAUGAAAGCUUCCAGUUCGAUGUCUAUGUACCAGAGUUGGCACUGGUGAGAUUUCUUGUGGAAGACUAUGACUCCACAUCUGAUAAUGAAUUUGUCGCCCAAUACACAGUUCCCUUCACUAGUCUUCAAAUGGGUUACAGACAUAUUCCUCUACUGGACAAGACUGGGGAUGCCCUUCCAUCAGCCAGACUUUUUGUUCAUAUCAUGGUUGUAGAUGUUUAAUGUCACUGGGAAACAUUUUUUUCUGCCAGACCAUGAUUUUUUUUUUUUAAUUCAUGUUUUAUUUUUGUGUUUAAUUUAUUGGCUUGUAUCAAAAAGUGGCACUAGUUACUAGAUACAUAUAUACAUGCUGAUCAAACUACACCUUUUUUCCUCUUUUUUUUUUUUUUUUGGAGCAAAUGUUUAAUUGUACAAAAGCAAUCACAUUAUUUUAUGUUCCAAUCUCAUUUAAAGGUUUUCAAGUCUUAAUAAUGUUGAGAUUUUAAUGAAUUCAGACAUUAAGCAUAUCAAAACAUUGUACUGUACUGUGUGCAAGUUCAGAGUUUAGGAAGAUUAUUUUUCUUGUAAAAUCAGCACUGUGCUAUAUUUUAUAAAUGAAUAUUUUGAAUAUUCAA